CUAUCCCUCUGAAUUUCUUUCUUCUCUCUCUCUCCUUUCACUCACCAACUCUUCUUGAACGUCCAAGAUGCCCAAACGCAAGUCCGAACCCACAGCCGUCGAGGCCCCCCCUCCCUCAAAGAAGGCUCGCAAGUCCGAACCGCUCCCAAUCGAAAAGCUCAUGCUUCUCACCCCCGACUCAAUGCAGAAUUUCCCCCAAGAACAACUCAUCUCCUUCAUCACCAGUCUGCAGCACGCGUAUCGCGAGCUCGAAUCCGCACAAUUGACCACUUCAGCUAAGAUCCCCAAGGUACCAGCCGCCGUCGACGAUCCUGCCAAGAUUGCAAAAAAAGCGGGCAAGAUUGCAGACAUGAUGGCCGAUGGAAUCAAGAAACAGAUGAAGUGGCAGCCCUCGUGCAAAACAUCCGGAAAGAGAUGGAUAUACGAAUGCAUGGUUCCGAGCGAAGCCGUCUUCUUGUCUCUCUUCAGAUUGGAGGAAGAGAAGAAGGCGUAGAAGCAGAAGAAGAUUCCUGUCGUGGAUUUCGAACGCAUCACUGGCGGCUUGGAGACUUCGAUUCGUUACGGAUAUUUGAGGGUUGUUAGUGAGCAUGUCACGUUGAAGUGGGAUAAGGAUGCUCUGAGCUUUAGUGUUUCGGGUCUUUAUGGUCUCUGAAUGUGUUGCGGACUGUUUGUUGCAUUUGCAUGUGGUGGACAUUUGCGUUUGAGCUGGAAAUCGGGUGCUUGUUAUUAUUGCUCUUGUGUUUUAUGAUAUCCCU